GACAGCCAUGAAGCAUUUGUUCCUCAUAGUUUUGUCUGUGCUGGUGUCUCCUCAGCAGGCUCAAGUCAGGAGAGAUGACAGGGCAAGCUGCAAGCCUGUGACAGCUAGCUUUUGUCAAGGUUUGGGAUACACCACAACCCUCCACCAGAAUGGAGUUCAAGGCUACCAGCUGCAGCAAAUUGGCCAGAUGGUGGAGACGGCGUGUUCGCCGCUCAUCGCGACGCUCAUGUGUCGUGUUGUUGUGCCUGAAUGCAGCUCAGAGGAUGACAACCGGGUGAAACCGUGCAGAGCUCUCUGUGAGAAGGUCAAGAGAGACUGUGAGGCCACACUCAAGGCAAAACGCUUGUACUGGCCAUCGAAGCUCCGCUGUGAAACUUUACCAGAGUCCAACUGUGUACAGGGUCAAGUCACCCCUGACAUUCAAGUCAGCUCUGCAACAUGUCAGCCGAUCACUGUCCCUGGCUGCCAAGAUCUGCCUUACACCGAGACCAUCCUCCCAAAUAGUCUAGGUCACAAAACUCAGGAAGAAGUCGGCCUGGAGAUACAUCAGUUUUACCCUCUUAUUAAAGUGGAUUGCUCGCCCCAAUUGAAGCCUUUCUUGUGCUCAGUCUACACCCCUAAAUGUGUCUUAGGAAGAGCUCGAUCUCCCUGCAGAACCCUCUGUGAGCAGGCACGAUCUGGCUGUGAAGGUUUAAUGAACAAGUUUGGCUUUCAGUGGCCUCAAAGUCUACAGUGCGACAAUUACACCACAGAGUCCUGCGAGCAGUCCCCACAUUUUGGUGAAACAUCUUCAUCAACAUGUCAAGCCAUCAACAUUCCCAUGUGCAAAGACCUGCCUUACACUGAAACUGCCCUGCCCGGCAUUCUUGGCCACCGAACCCAGGAGGACGCGAACCGGGCACUAAACAAACAGUGGUUACCACUUAUUCAAAUCGAGUGCUCCCCUCAUUUGAAGCCGUUCCUGUGCUCCGUCCACCUCCCCAAAUGCGUGUCGGGACAUGCCGAACCUCCCUGCAGAAGGCUCUGUGAGCGGGCUCGAGCCGGCUGUGAGCUGCUAAUGAACCAGUUUGGCAUCAAGUGGGAUCCUACCCUGAACUGUGAAGCGUUUACCGAAGACACCUGUGAACAGUAUGGAGUGAGCAGCAGCGGGGGAAUCUGUGAGCCGAUCACCAUACCGAUGUGUCAGGGUUUAUCUUACAACCUGACCGUUGUUCCAAAUCUUCUGGGCCACACAAGUCAAAGAGAAGCGACCAUGAAGAUGUCUUUCUUCAACUCCAUUGUGCAGUCGGUGUGCCCAGCGGAUAUACGGCUCUUCCUGUGUCGGGUGUACACCCCAGAGUGUGUAGAAGGACAGGUGCAGCGGCCCUGCAGGUCCUUCUGUGAAAAAGCCAGGUCUAGCUGUGAAAGUUUGAUUACUAGCUUUGGCAUGCAGUGGCCUGAUGAGCUGCAGUGCAAUAAAUUCCCAGAGGGAGCGUGCUUGUCCGGAGACAACAGAGCAGAGAUGCUGAAUGCUGAAGAUGUUCUUGCUAAACUGAAGGCUGGUGGCUACUCUGUUCGCGGCAUCUCCCUGACUCUCAGGACUGCCCGCCUGCUCUUGGUUCAUAUGGAUGCAGACAAAACAGAAGAUUUGGAUGUGGUGGAGUUCUUCAAACUGGAGCACUAUGUGGCUGUUAUCAGGAGAGAAUAUGUGGAGAGCUACGAGAGCAGGAAUCCACCGGCUGUCACAGAGACCCAGAUGAAGAAGGCUGUUACUGCCCAUGAUUUUGAUUUAGAUGAGGAAACAUUCAGAGCUCUGUGGUUUGAAUAUCGCUCCCAAGAUGGGAUCGACUAUGACAACUAUGUGGCAGCCCUGACAAAACUUCAGAUCCUCAAAGAUCGUUUCCAGUCUCAUCUCCUACAUUUGCCGUGUCAGUGCCAUGUUGCCAGUUUCUCUUUCAACCAGUUCCUGAAAUCAGCCAUAAUCUGAGGCCCAGCAGAGCUCCAUGGACAAGAGGGAGCGAUGAAACAGCUGUACAGCUGUUUAGUAUGACUGUAUUGCAGGAACCUUAUUAUAAGAUUGACUUCAACAUUGUCAAGUUUAAAUAAAAUUCAUAACAAAA